AUGCCUCUCUCACUGGUAGCAUUCUACCACCUGCUCGAUGACGACAAGGAGAAGCGAGCUUUCUGGAUGGUUCUUCAUGCAUUCCGCAUUGCAACCGAGAAAAACUUGCCCAGGGAAUCUGCUCUGGGCAUUAUUCCAGCCGACGCCGACGAAGAUGUUGUCCAAUUUAUCCUGAACACUCUCCCUCCAGGCAGCCCUCACCAGAUUCGGAACGCAAUCUUCACAUGGGAGAUUGAAUAUGGCCUCGAUGUCUACCUGCAGAGCGGAGAUCCUCUCACAUAUCUUUCCAUGUCCGUUCCAGCUUCAGGCACGGCUUCAGUCACAGCUGCCGACAUCAAGAACAUGGAUUGGUGGGUGCGACAAUUGGCACGCAACAAUGAACCCUACACAGCAAUGCUCAAGACGUAUGAUCAGGCGAUGGAGGUGAAGAAGGCAUAUCAGGAGAUCAACAAUGCCGAGAACCCCGUUGAUGGCGGAUACUAUCCUGAUACGCCCGAAGGCGAACUUCGACUGAUUGAGGCAUUGUAUAUCACCAUCAUCGACUAUACUGAGCUGCAUGAGACUGCCCAACAGGCCGAGGAUAGGCGACGAUGGGAAGCAUUCCAGGCUCAAUAUGGUCCAAAGACGGGUGCGUGGUCGCAAAAUCAGAGCGAUGACGAGAAAAAGGACAUCGCCGGCAAAGGCAAGGGAAAGGCGUCCAAGGUCUCGGGCGGCAAAGGCAAGGGAAAAACCAAGAAGAAGAGCGACUAUAAAGGAUUCCAACCACCAAAGACGCCACCUGCCGUCGCAGCGAGUCAGAGACUGUCUCCAAUCGAGAUCGAGAUGCUUUGCUGGGAGAUGCUCCGGGCGAUUAAAGAUGCCCAGGAGGGCCGUUGCUAUUUGGAAGACUGGACUAACGACUGGGACUAUAGCCAUUAUCCAAGCUUCCGGGCUCGUUUCAUGGCCGUACUUGACGUCCUGCGGAAGCACAAAACCUUGGUCAAGAACCUCACCAAUUCUCUUUGGAAGCGCCGACUUGCCGCCGCCCCCGAGAAGGAGGCCCACCGUAAGGAGGCCAACAAGGGCCAGAAUGAAGAGCGAAAUCUCCAGGUGAAGCUGGCAAACGCUGCUAUGAAGGGCAACGCCGAUGAUACGACACUUCUCAAGGCAACGAAUACUAUUGUGGCUGGUCGGCUCCAGAAGAGAAUCCAUGAUGAGGAUGCUGCGGGUGACGAUGAUCAACAGCUCCGCAAGCGAGCAAAAGUCGAUAAAUCAAGGACAGUGACGCGUGUUGCGACCAAGGUUGAGGCCGCUCGCCGGGAUGCUGCUGCUCGUCCUGGGGUGCAGUCAGCCAACGCAGCGAGCUCUGCUGCUCAUCAGCGGUCCCGCGGUGCUUUGUCUACCGUUCCACCUCCUCAUCAGCCCGGCCCUGCCGCCCCGUCCACCGCAGCUGCCUUGGUGCGACAAGAUUACCCGUCGCAUGAGGGUUCUUACGAAAACCCAGCACCCGAGACCAAGCCAGAUGUCUCUGGUCUGCCCAACUAUCAUGACUGCUUGCCCGCGCCGCCAGCUCAGUAUAUGCAUCAGCGCUUCCCGCACACUCCGACUCGGAACUUUCAGUCUUUUCUCCCCCCAAUAUCGCAAGCUUCCGACUUGGCACCGCUUUCAGCAGCGCUUCCUCCACUACAUCCUGCAUUGCACCACGGGCCCUGGACAGUUCAACCUCGAACCCCAGGACCGGCGCGAUACGGGGAUAUGUCUGUUAUGAACCAACAUCCACAGUCCUUGAGCUAUGUCUCACCCGCUGAGAUGACAUUUUCUUCACCCAGUAACAUGGGCGGUGGUCCACCAGGACACCUUGUGGAUCCUCGAUUGAUGGGUUCCCAGUCGACUCCGCCACCCUAUCCGCAGCUUUCACCGAAUGUUUACCAGCCGCAAAUGGGUCCGAUGCUUUCUAGGCAGGGAUAUGGCAUGCCGACCAACCAGCCAUUAUAUUACAACCAGGGUUCUCAGUCCUCGAUGCAUCCAACCGCCCCUCGCCCUGCACCCACACAGGUCCAGGUGUACGAUGGCACGUCACCGCCUGACAGCCUGGGCCUUGGCAUUCCAAGGCCAUCUGCUGUUCCCUUGAGUACUCCGCAAGGGCCGAACCAGAGCAGCGGACCUCAGUCUGUGGGCAACCUACAGACACAUUCUGAUCCUUGGAAAGGAAAGAUAGAGGACUAUUCUUCUUGA